AUGUCUUCGUGGGGACGCUCUGCAGCAAAAGAUUCCCGGCCCGGGACCACUUCAAAGACAUCUGAUGGCAGUGACGAGGAUACAUCGAUCUUCAUUCAGAUCCAUCCCAAAGUGGACAAUGCAAUCUCCCGCAACCAACGCGGCCAAGUACUCAGCGCACAAUCCUUAGACCACUCUACCGCUACUGAAGAAGACCCAGAAGUUGAUGUUGUCAGCACGGAGAACACCCUCACACAACUUACUCCAGAAACCUGCUACUUCCCGGAGCGACUAUGGGCUCUGGAUCUGUACCGACCUCAGAACCGUGCCCUGGGUCUGAUAAUGCGUGCUUUGGUCGCCUGCCCAGCUACACAUACCGUUCAACCCGCGACUAGUCAACCAGAACCUCCCGAACCUGCACAACCAGGGCCUAGUAGUCAAGCCGGAUAUAACCUACCAGAACAAGUCCAACUAGAAAGACCUAACAAGAAACGGAAGAAGAACCGUCCCAGUCUGGAAAGGAGGAAUCGCUGGACACGGAAACGUCCAAGGAGACGGGAAUCAAGCGAAAGUGACAUAGGAGACAGAGAAGAGAGGGGGAGAUGA